CGUGAGGCACGCGUCGACAUGCACGAGCAUGGAUGACACAGAUGGCGUGGACGAAGCCACGAUCCGGAUCGGGGAGUUGGACUUUCAUCACCCGUACACACCAUACGAUGUGCAGGAGCAGUUCAUGAGAGCGGUGUACAAGGUGCUCGAGACGGGUGACGGGCAAGUUGGCAUCCUCGAAAGCCCGACUGGCACGGUAUGUGACUUGGCGCGGGACGGAAUCUGCGAGGAGAUGACGCUAUGUGCUCGGUGCGUCUAGAUGCACAGGCGUUUGCUGACGGAGCCCAGGGCAAAUCCCUCUCGCUGAUCUGCGCCUCGUUGACAUGGCUGCGGAACCACAAGUCCACCAGCCAUGAAGCAGCGCUGCGAGACGCCGGCGAGGCAUACAAGGACGAGCCACAAUGGCUAAUUGACCAGCUUCUCCGGCGCAAGAGAGAUGAGCUGGUCCGCCGCUGGGAAGACCGGGAGCAGCGCCUCGAGGCCGUCCGUCUAAAAGAAAAGGUACGUGAGGACCGGGCGCGCAAACGGCGCCGCAUUGACGAAGAUCUUACGCCUGGAGGCGUGCGACGCAGCGUAGAAGAAGAGGAGGCCGAAUGGCUCCUCGAUGACCGCGACGACAGUGAGUCGGGCCCUCGGGACGCCCUCUCUGGGCUCAGCAAGGAGUCGCGCGAGGUCCUGGAAAGAAUGGGCCUCGGGGCACCGAAGAAGCGCGACGGGGAGGACGACGUUUUAGAGGAAGAGAUCAAGAUCUACUAUACGUCCAGGACGCAUUCGCAGUUGUCGCAGUUCAUCACAGAACUGCGCCGUCCGUCAUUUCCGCCGUCGCUGCCGUCAUCCGUAGGCAAAGAGCAGCGAAAAGCGUCGGAAGCGGUCAAACUGCUUCCCCUUUCGUCACGGCAGCGGCUUUGCAUCAAUCCCUCGGUUUCGCGCCUAGGCUCGGUGCAGGCCAUCAACGACCGGUGCGCGGAGCUGCAGCAGAACAAGGGUGGCAAGAAGUGCGACUACGUGCCCAGAGAGGAGCUGCUCAGCCAGACGCACCAGUUCCGCAACACGGCGCUGGCCACGCUGCCGGACAUUGAGGACCUGCACCAGCUGGGCAAGUCGCUGGCGGUUUGCCCCUACUACGCCUCCCGUGCAGCGUUACCCGGAGCGGAGAUCAUCACGCUGCCCUACCCACUGCUCCUCCAGAAGAGCGCGCGAGAUGCACUGGGGAUCAAGCUGGAGGGUAAUGUGGUGAUCAUCGACGAGGCGCACAACAUCAUGGACGCUGUGGCCAACGUUCAUGCGGCGGAGCUGAAACUGAGCGACUUGCGCAAAGGCCGCGGCAUGCUUGGCGUAUAUGUGAAGCGAUUCGGAAAGAAGCUCAAAGGCGAGAACCGUGUGAAUGUGGGACGGGUCGGGCGAGUCAUUGACGGACUAAGCGAGUGGAUGGAAGGUGCAAAGAGAUUCAAGGACGAGCAUGGCAUUGUCGACCCAAAUGACUUGACACGGCCCAAGGGCAUCGACCAGAUCAACAUGUACGACCUGAUUCAAUACAUCCAAGAGUCGAAGCUGGCGUACAAGAUUGAAGGCUACGCGGCCCAUAUGGAAGAAGCACGGGAGGAUGGCGGCAAAGCGACUGCUUCCAAGGCUAGCUCGCCGGUCCUACACUCGCUGGUGUCUUUGCUCGUGGCGCUCACCAAUCCCAGCUCCGAGGGGCGUAUUUUCUACCAAAAAGGUACCGGCGACGUGCAGCUCUCGUAUCUGCUGCUGUCGCCGACACACGCGUUUUCGUCGAUUGCGUCGAGUGCCCGCGCCGUGAUCCUCGCGGGCGGCACCAUGUCACCCUUUGACGACUACCGGAACCACCUGUUCCCUUCACUGGCGGCGCCCAAGGUGACGACGCUGAGCUGCGGGCACGUCAUCCCGCGGGAGAACCUGUGCGUGCGGGUGCUCGCGGGGACGCGGCCCGGCGGUGCGCCGCUCGAGUUCAGCUUCCAGCGGCGAGGUGACAAGGCGCUCAUGGAGCAGCUAGGGCUCGCUGUGCUCAACAUGUGCGCGGUGGUGCCGGAUGGUGUAGUCGUGUUCUUCCCCAGCUACGGUUACCUAGACGAACUCGUGAAGGCGUGGCGGGAACAGAAAGGCGACAAGACGACCACUCUCUGGGAGCGGCUGCAGGCGCGCAAGGCAGUGUUCCAAGAGACACGAGGGGGGUCGAGCGACGACGUGCUACGGCAGUACUCGGAAGCCAUCUUGGGACCCAGCACGCAGGCCGAAGAUGAUGGCAAGAAGAAUAAGCCGCAGACUUGCACAGGACGGGGGGCCCUAUUGCUGAGUGUGGUGGGCGGCAAGAUGUCCGAGGGCAUCAACUUCUCGGACCGGCUGGGCCGCUGCGUUGUGGUGGUUGGGCUGCCGUACCCGAACGCGGCGUCGCCCGAGUGGAAGGCCAAGAUGGAGUACAUUGAGACGACGACGCUGGCGGCGCUGACGACCUCGCCGGCAGACACAACAGAUACGAUGGGUGCAACAGAGACAGAGACGGCGGCGGCGGCGGCGGCGACGAUGACACAAUCAGGCAGAAGCCACCAGGGGCCACGCAGGGUCAGCCAGGAAGAGGCGGUACGGCGGGCCAAGGCGGCGGCGCGGGACUUUUACGAGAACGCGUGCAUGCGGGCGGUGAACCAGAGCAUUGGGCGGGCGAUCCGGCACCGGGGCGAUUACGCCGCGAUUGUGUUGGCGGACCGGCGGUACGGCACGGAGCGGAUCCGGGCGAAGCUGCCGGGGUGGAUCCGCGACGGCAUGGGUCCUCCCUCCACGAUGGCGACUGCGACGGCGACGGCGACGGACGGCGAGAUGCUCGGGGGGUUGAUGGGUGGGUUGUCUGCGUUUUUCCGCGGCAAGGCGGCGGGGAAGACGGACGUGAAGGGGUCGGCAGGCUGAUUGAUGAUGAUGGGCUUUGGCACGCUGCCGAUGUGCACGCAUGGCGGGUUGACGGACCACCACGGGUGAUGGGGGUCGGCCUUGACCUCUAGAGGAGGCACGACCUGCUGCAGGAUGGCGUUUGGAUCCGUUCAAGGAUCUCAGAUCCCGCCCGAGACAUGGGGGUCUAGAGCGAAAGGGGGGCUCCCGCAGACAUGUAUACUGUA